CGCUCCGCGGGGCUCCCGGGGCCAAUCCGGCCGCGGAGGUUCGCGCCCCGCCGCCGCCGGCUGCGCCCCCGCGCCUCCCGGGUCUCCGACGGCGGCGGCGGCACAAAGAGAAGCAGCAUGUCCGAUCCCAGCUACUGGACGGCUGUGGCUGCGCCAGGCCACCGGAGCCGCCUUGCCAAGGGCGCGCUGCUGCAGCGCUCCAAGAGCUGCCGUAGUGGGAACCGCAAAAGCCUGGUGGUAGGAACGCCCUCGCCGACCCUCUCCCGGCCCCUGUCUCCACUCUCCGUGCCCACAGCAGGCAACAGCCCCCUGGACAGUCCUCGGAACUUCUCAGCGGCAUCUGCGGUGAACUUCCCCUUUGCCCGAAGCCACAUCCCACGCGUGGAAAGGGCUGACGGCAGAAGAUGGUCCCUUGCAUCCCUCCCAUCUUCUGGCUACGGAACCAACACGCCCAGCUCCACCGUCUCGGUACCCACAGUCCCACCUUGGCCAGCAGACAGGCGGUCGAGCUCAUCCUCCCGGGAGCGCCUCCACCAGCUUCCUUUCCAACCGACGCCGGAUGAACUAUGCUUCCUGUCCAAGCAUUUCCGCAGCUCAGAGAGCGUGGUUGAUGAGGAGGGUGGCCACCGCUCACCCCACCUUCGCCCCCGUUCCCGCAGCCUCAGCCCGGGACGCACCACAGGGACCUUCGACAAUGAGAUCGUCAUGAUGAAUCAUGUAUACCGGGAGCGGUUCCCAAAGGCCACGGCACAGAUGGAAGGCCGUCUGCAGGAGUUCCUGGCGGCCUUUGCGCCCGGCGCCCGGCUGGCACUGGCCGAUGGCGUCCUGGGCUUCAUCCACCACCAGAUCAUUGAGCUGGCCCGCGACUGCCUGGCCAAGUCCGGAGAGGCGCUCGUCACCUCCCGCUACUUUAUGGAGAUGCAGGAGAAGCUGGAGAGGCUGCUUCAAGAUGCCCACGAGCGCUCAGACAGUGAAGAGGUCGGCUUCAUUGUCCAGCUUGUCCGGAAGCUGCUCAUCAUCAUCUCGAGGCCAGCGAGGCUCCUCGAGUGCCUGGAGUUUGACCCCGAGGAGUUUUAUCAUCUGCUGGAGGCUGCCGAGGGCCAGGCCCGAGAGGGCCAGGGCAUCAAGACGGACCUGCCACAGUACAUCAUUGGGCAGCUGGGCCUGGCUAAGGACCCCCUCGAGGAGAUGGUGCCUCUGAGUCACCUCGAAGAAGAAGGACAGCCUCCAGCUCCUGAGUCCCCGGAAAGCCGUGCCCUCAUCGGCCCAUCACGGAGGAAGCCAUGUGAGAGCGACUUCGAGACCAUCAAACUCAUUAGCAACGGGGCCUACGGGGCUGUCUACCUGGUGCGGCACCGAGACACACGGCAGCGCUUUGCCAUCAAGAAGAUCAACAAGCAGAACCUGAUUCUGCGCAACCAGAUCCAACAGGUCUUUGUGGAGCGUGACAUCCUCACGUUUGCCGAGAACCCGUUUGUGGUCAGCAUGUUCUGCUCCUUCGAGACCCGGCGCCACUUGUGUAUGGUCAUGGAGUAUGUGGAAGGCGGCGACUGCGCCACACUCCUGAAGAACAUGGGCCCACUGCCCGUGGACAUGGCCCGCAUGUACUUCGCCGAGACAGUGCUGGCGCUCGAAUAUUUGCACAACUAUGGCAUCGUGCACCGUGACCUCAAGCCUGACAACCUGCUCAUCACCUCGCUUGGCCACAUCAAGCUGACUGACUUCGGCCUGUCCAAGAUUGGGCUCAUGAGCAUGGCCACCAAUCUCUACGAGGGUCACAUCGAAAAGGACACCCGGGAAUUCGUGGACAAGCAGGUGUGCGGGACACCUGAGUACAUCGCGCCCGAGGUGAUCUUCCGCCAAGGCUAUGGGAAGCCAGUGGACUGGUGGGCCAUGGGCGUGGUCCUCUAUGAAUUCCUGGUGGGCUGUGUGCCUUUCUUCGGAGACACCCCCGAGGAACUCUUCGGCCAGGUGGUCAGUGAUGAGAUCAUGUGGCCAGAAGGGGAUGAGGCCCUCCCAGCUGAUGCCCAGGACCUCAUCACCAGGCUUCUCCGACAGAGCCCACUGGACCGUCUGGGCACGGGGGGCACCCAUGAGGUAAAGCAGCACCCCUUCUUCUGGACAUUGGACUGGGCUGGGCUUCUGCGACACAAAGCUGAGUUUGUGCCACAGCUUGAAGCCGAGGACGACACGAGCUACUUUGACACACGCUCAGAACGGUACCGCCACCUGGGCUCGGAGGAUGAGGAGACCAACGACGAGGAAUCAUCCACAGAGAUCCCUCAGUUCUCGUCCUGUUCCCACCGGUUCAGCAAGGUCUACAGCAGCUCCGAGUUCCUGGCUGUCCAGCCCACCCCAACCUUCGCUGAACGCAGCUUCAGCGAGGACCGGGAGGAAGGCUGGGAGCGGGGCGGCGAGGUGGACUACGGCCGCCGCUUGAGCUUGAACACCUUGAGCACUGGCUUGAGCACUGGCUUGAGCACAGAGAUCCGGCUACGGUCCUGGACAUCCUCUGGUUCUUCCUGCCAGUCGUCUUCUUCCCAGCCUGAGCGGGGGCCCAGCCCAUCCCUCUUGAAUACUAUUAGCCUGGACACAAUGCCUAAGUUUGCCUUCUCGUCAGAGGAUGAAGGAGCCAGUACAGCCUCUGUGGGCCCCAAGAGGCCCAUCUUCAUUCUGGGGGAGCCUGAUCCACCCCCAGCAGCCACCCCUGUGAUGUCCAAGCCCUCAAGCCUUUCUGCUGACACAGCCGCCCUCAGCCACGCGCGCCUGCGAAGCAACAGCACCGGAGCCCGACACUCGACACCGCGGGCCCUGGAUGCUGGGCGGGGCCGCCGCCUUGGGGGCUCAAGAGAGCCAGCUCCCGAGAAGUCCCGGGUCUCCCCCAGCGGGGGCCGCGUGCCCAAGUCUGCCUCAGUGUCCGCCCUGUCCCUCAUCAUCACAGCCGAUGAUGGCAGCGGCGGCCCCCUCAUGAGCCCUCUGUCCCCACGCUCACUGUCCUCAAACCCGUCAUCCCGAGACUCCUCUCCAAGCCGAGACCCGUCCCCCGUGUGUGGCAGCCUGCGGCCCCCCAUUGUCAUCCACAGCUCAGGCAAGAAGUAUGGCUUCAGCCUACGGGCCAUCCGCGUCUACAUGGGUGAUAGCGAUGUCUACACUGUGCACCACGUCGUCUGGAACGUGGAGGAGGGAAGCCCCGCCCAGGAGGCGGGCCUGCGAGCUGGGGACCUCAUCACCCACAUCAACGGCGAGUCCGUCCUGGGGCUGGUGCACAUGGACGUCGUUGAGCUGCUGCUGAAGAGCGGCAACAAGAUCGCCCUCCGGACCACCGCCCUGGAGAACACCUCCAUCAAGGUGGGCCCCGCCCGGAAGAAUGUGGCCAAGGGCCGCAUGGCUCGGCGGAGCAAGCGGAGCCGCCGGCGGGAGACGCAGGACCGGCGGAAGUCGCUUUUCAAGAAGAUCUCAAAACAGUCCUCUGUGCUGCAUACCAGCCGCAGCUUCUCUUCCGGCCUCCACCACUCCCUGUCAUCCAGCGAGAGCCUCCCAGGGUCACCCACCCACAGCCUCUCCCCCAGCCCCACCACGCCUUGCCGCAGUCCAGCGCCCGAUGUCCCAGCAGGUACAGACACCACAUCCCCUCCCAGUGUCUCCCCGAGCUCCAGCAGCCCUGCCUCUCCUGCCGCCAGUGGCCACACCCGCCCUAGCUCCCUGCAUGGCCUGGCCGCCAAGCUCGGGCCCCCCCGCCCCAAGACUGGCCGCCGCAAGUCUACCAGCAGCAUCCCGCCCUCACCACUGGCCUGCCCACCCGUGCCUGUGCCCCCACCCCGCUCACCCUCACCCCUCCCCGGGCACCCACCAGCACCGGCCCGAUCUCCACGGUUACGCCGGGGGCAGUCAGCUGAUAAGCUGGGUUCUGGCGAACGGCUGGAUGGGGAGUCGGGGCGCCGCGGCCGUGGGCCAGACUCAGAGCUGGUGGUCAUGCGGCGGCUACACCUGUCCGAGCGCCGAGACUCCUUCAAGAAGCAGGAGGCUGUGCAGGAGGUGAGCUUUGAUGAGCCACCCGAGGAGGCCACCGGACCACUCACCUCUGUACCACAGAUUGCCGUGGAGGGCGCUGAGGCUGUGCUGGGAACUCUUGGACCUGCCGGAAAGGACUGAUCCCUCCCACCUGGCCUCUCCCUGGCCUAGGAGUUGGGCUUUUUUUGUGCAAUGUGUUUUCCAUAAAGUGACUUCUGGAUGGA